AUGUCAACCCUUCCUGCAGCAGUUCAAGACCGUGGUUCAGACCAUCCUGUUCACAAGACCCUGGCGAGUGCAGCCAACCUUGCUAAUCUUCUACCCACUAGCACUGUCCUUGCAUUUAAUGCUCUCAUCCCUCCCUUUUCCAACAAUGGGAGCUGCGAACUUUCCAACAAGUUCCUUACUUCAUUGGUUAUUUUUAUUAGUGCUAUUAUUUGCUUCUUGUCUUCCUUCACUGAUAGCUUCAUUAGUAGUGAUGGGAAGCUAUACCAUGGGAUCGCUACAUUCAAUGGUUUAUACGUCUUCAACUACAGUAAUGACGAGGAAACCAAGGAACUAUGCAAGUUUAGAAUACGUGUGAUAGACUUUGUUCAUGCCUUUUUGUCACUUUUAUUGUUCUUAGUCUUUGCCGUCAGCAACUCAAACGUGCAAAAUUGUUUGAUUCCCAACGAGGGAACUAAUGAACGUGCAUUGAUCAUGAACUUGCCAUUGGGAGCGGGGAUUUUAUCAAGCUUCUUAUUCGCUUACUUUCCAACCACACGAAGAGGGAUAGGAUAUGCAGACAUGCCAAGUUCAUGA